GGAGCAGUGCAGCGGCCCGCAAGCCUCCAAGAAGCGUUACCGCAAGCAACAGCGUGACUCCGAGUCACGCCAAAUGGAGAGUGAAAUUAAGCCACAAAUACGCUCCAAACACACUUGGCACUUUUACCGAAUCCAAGCACCUCAACGUCACUUGACCGUCUCCAUGACAACUGGCUGGGCCUGCUGCCGUUCUACCUGAGGAGGUGCACCGUGUAGUCAACCACCAUGGAGACCAGAGACAACACUCAAACUACUUUACAAGAAGACCACCUGCAACCUGCCACCUCUGCCGAGGAGGCCCAGCCAGCCUCCACAGACCUCCUCCUCACAGGAGGAGACCAGGAGGUGAAAGAAGGCAACAAGGGGACGGAAGAUCAACAAGUGGGCCCCGAGGAGAAUAGUGACCAGGAGGAGAAAAGGAGUUACCACACAAAGGGAGAGAGGGACCACGGUGAAAAGGAGAAGAGUAGCAACCAGGAGGAGGUGAAAAUGAGUUUCUCUGUGAAGGAGGAAGGAAAAGAGGGUGUCAUGAAUGAUCACCAUGAGGAGAAGGAGGUGGAGAAAAGGACAUACCACAGGGAGAAAGAGAUGGACCGUGAGGAGGAGGAAAAAGAGCAUGACGAUAAGGAGAAGAAGAGAAGGGGUUGCCUCCAGAAGGAGGACCAGGAGGAAAAAGAAAACAAUAGUGAGGAGGAGGAGAGUGAUCAAGAGGUUGAGGCGCACCAGAAAGAGAGUGAUCCGGAGGAGGACAGUGAUGAAGAGGAGAGUGACCGGGAGGUGAGGGAGAGUGAUCAAGAGGUGAAGAAGGCGUACCAGAAGGAGGAGAGUUACCCAGAGGAGAAGGAGAGUGAUGAAGAGGCGAGUGAUACAGAGGUGGUGCAAAGAGUUUUAGAGGUGGAGGAGCAUCAGAAGGAGAGUGACCCAGAGGAGGAUAAGGAGGAGAAGAGAAGGGGUUGCCUCCAGAAGGAGGACCAGGAGGAGAAAGAAAACAAUAGUGAGGAGGAGGAGAGUGAUCAAGAGGUUGAGGCGCACCAGAAAGAGAGUGAUCCGGAGGAGGACAGUGAUGAAGAGGAGAGUGACCAGGAGGUGGGGGAGAGUGAUCAAGAGGUGAAGAAGGCGCACCAGAAGGAGAGUUACCCAGAGGAGAAGGAGAGUGAUAAGGAGGUGGUGCAAAGUGAUCAAGAGGUGGAGUUGCACCAGAAGGAGGAGGGUUACCAGGAGGAGGACGAGAGUGAUGAAAAGGCGAGUGACAAGGAGGUGGUGGAGAGUGAUCAAGAGGUGAAGAAGGCGCACCAGAAGGAGGAGAGUUACAAAGAGGAGAAGGAGAGUGAUGAAAAGGCGAGUGAUAAGGAGGUGGUGCAAAGUGAUCAAGAGCUAGAGGCACCUCAGAAGGAGGAGAGUGACCCAGAGGAGGACAGCGCUGAAGAGAUGAGUGACCAGGAGGUGGUGGAGCGUGAUCAAGAGGUGAAGGAGCACCAGAAAGAGAAGACUGACGGAGAGGAGAGGGAAAGUGAUCUGGAGGAGAGUGACCAGGAGGAGGAAAAGAAGGACAAGGAGAAAGAGAGUGACCAGGAGGAGGAGGAGGAGGAGGAGGAGGAGAGUGACCAAGAAGACGACGAGAGUGACACUGAGGAAGAGGACGAGCUAAGUGCCUUUGGAGAGGAGGGGAAAGAGAGUGAUGAGGAAGAUGAUGAGGAGGAGAGAGACAGUGAUGAUGAUGAGAGUAGCCUGGAGGAUGAGGAGAGCAACCAGGAGAAGAGCAAUGAGGAAGAGGAGAGCGACAAUGAGAAUACGAGUGACCCUGAGGAGGAGGAGAACAACAAUGAGGAGGACAAGGACGGUGAACCUGCGAAGCAUGAUGAGCAAGGAGAACAGAAUGAAGACAUGGAGAAUAAAGAUGAGCAAACGGAGAGGAAUUCUGAGGAGGACGAGGAUGAGGAGGAUGAAGAAGAUGAGGAGACCAGUCUUGAGCAGCAGGAGGAGAAGAGCAUCAAAAAGGCUAUGGGUGACCAUGGGGAGGAGGACAACAUCUUCCAGGAGGCGUUGGCUGGAAAGAUGGAGGAGCGGGAGGAGACUGAAUGGAAGACGUUCAGUGAUCAUGAGGGGGAGGAGGUACAGAGCAAUGAGGAGGCGCUGGAUGACGUUAAGGAGGAGAAAAAGGGCAAAGAGGAGAGUGGCCGUGAUGAAGAAGAGGUCAAGGAGAGCGACAGUGAGAGGCUCAACGGGAUGAAAAAAGAGGAUGCAGGAGGAGGCGCAUGGAGGAUGCCACAGUGUGAAACAUCAGUGCCAAAUAAGGAGAGAUGA